AUGGAACCAAAAAGGAAGCUACCAGCUGGUCCAAUGGCUCUAUCUAGCAUGAAGGCAGCAAAGAAAACUUUAGGUGUUUAUAAUGCCCCUGUAAACAAGAGUAAUGCCCCUACGAAAGAAUUAAUCACUGUACACACAGCCACUCCUCACUUAGAGCACAAAUCUUAUAAUGCAGAACAGAACCAAAUUUAUCAAGGGGAAGUUAAUGUGCUCUCUGUUAUGGAGAAAAGACAGACAUUAGGCUUGUGCUACCAUCCUCAUUAUACCAAGUUCGUUACUUAUGGAGACGAUGCAAAGCUGAACAUGUAUGAUGAAGAAGCACAGACUCAAGAAAGAGCAUUCUAUUCUAGCCCAAGAAAAAACAUAGUGGAUGGACAUACGUCAAGAAUUUUUGCAUGUGCGUUUAAUCCAAAGUCACACCAUGAAUUGAUAUCAGGUGGAUGGGAUGACACUGUCAUAUGUUGGGAUGAUAGGCAGCCUUAUGCAACCAGACACAUUUUUGGAGUACACAUGUGUGGCGAAGGUUUAGAUUUUGAUAAGCCCGGGAAGCAGACGGAAUGCUCUAUACGAAACAAUCCAGGUGGAAUUUAUGCAUUCGACUUUGGUACAGUAAGAAGAAAAACGAAAAAAGUGCCCGACACAUAUAAACGAAUCAGUGAAAUUGACUCGAUACCUCGAGUGGUUUUUGUAACUGGAAACAGGCUGCAAACCGUCGACUUCGGAUAA